AUGUCCGAAUCCUCAACUCCCGUCACUCCCAAAUCUCCCCUCGUCCCAGACACUCUACACUCAGUCACCGCCCUUGCUCGGUUCGAAUUCGAGCCUGGGAAAGGGAACGAGGGCACCAAGGUCAUGAUGGUCGAAUGGCAGGAUGACGACCCCGCGCGUUCCAAGGCUGGAAAGUGGCAUGUCUCCUGGACCGGGAAGCGCACUGUCUUCCCUGCCGACGACACUCCGGCCGAUAACAUUCGCCGUUUCUACUUUCUGCUUCCUCCCGCCGCCAUUGUUCCCCCCCAUCUCACUCUCGCCUACCAUUUCCCUAGAACAGGAGACUCCUCCCAACCGGAAUCCCCGCCUCUGACAAUGACCGUCAACCCCCUUCCCGCCAUCUUCACCCCAGAGCUAGGUGCCACCGCAAAGACAAGCGGUAAGAAGGGGGUCCUCCAUACUAUCUGGGCAAAGAAACGGCUGUCCGUCCUCGAAAAAGAGAUCAAGCGCGAAGAGGAGUUGAAUCUAGAAGGUGUUGCCCUCGAGAUGGCCAUCUCCGAGAAAUUGUGGAUAGAGGCCAACUUCGGUCUGGCCAUGAAACCUCUUGCUCUUGACCUGUCCAAGGUCUCCAAUUCUCCCGCCGCACCCAUCAGUCCGGGCAUCCAGAGUCCCAGGUCGCCUGGCGGUCGGCGCUUGAGUGAGAAGCUCAAGGGUCUUAGUCUUGAGACAAGUGAAAAGGAGCUCGCUGUUCGCGGCCUGAACACAACCAUCCGCGAAGCUCAUCCAUUGUCGCCUGAGCCUUCCGACGUUGCAAGUUCCGCAUUCGGUGCUUUUCGAAAUGGGCCUGCCCCUACGCUGUCUGCCCCAGGCAAGAAAAUCAUUGCCCAGGCUCCACCAGAUCAUAUCAGGAAACAACAAGACUCGCGAGCAAGUUCACUCGAUGUCUUCUCCGACAACCUUCCUACCCAACCUGCAGAUGAUGAUCUUUUCGCUGUUGCUCUUAGCCCGAGAUCACCAGAUGGGCCAAAAAGUCCGUUUUCUUUAUCAAGUGCAGAAAUAGGCGCCUUCUCCAAGAUCAAAGGCGAACGAUGA